UCCUGGUGGUGUGUGUGUGACUGUGUGUGUGUGCACGUUUUUAUCUAAUUAGUUUUAUUUUUGUCUAUUUUUUCGCACCUGUGAACCUAUUUUUGGGAUCUGCCCUGUAUCAAAAGGGAUUAGGUGCACGGUACUCUACUCUACUCUACUCUACGGGGGUGGCACUUAGUACUCGUACACGGAACAUAGCUCUUAUUGCAGCAGGGUCGACUGGGUCUUUGCCCCUUUUUGGAGUCAGUCCCACAACGUUCACACUAUUACGAGAUAGGCAGACUCGCACACGUGUAGUCUGUUUUCGUGAUUCAUUAAGGCGAUUCCUUUUGGUGGUGGUCGCCAUUGCGCAAUAAGAUAUUUCGACCCUAUUGAAGCAGGGACGCUGGUGGAACUUCGUUGUCGGCUAGCACCGGGAAAGAGCGUAUAUACGGCAGCCAGACCGCCUUCGGCGAGCAGCUGCACAAGAUGGAAGAACUGCAUGCUCUGCAGCACGAGUUAGAUUCCUGGAAAUGUUGCACCCAUGGAAUAAGGGGGGAAUGCAUCCUGGUGACCAAACCGGUCGUCUGCAACAAGGCGCUUUCGCGCUUCGGUUUCUCCCUGGCUGAGACUGACCCAGAUGUGCUGACGCUCUUCGUAACCGAUAACGACGCUCUGUAUUGCCAAAACGACGACAUCAUUGCGUUUGUGGAAAUAGUGUUAAGGCUCAUACGUGAACACGAGAGUAUAAAAUGUUUCUGCUUCCGUUGGGUGCAUAUCGAUAUUCUAGGUCCCAUCCUGGGAUCUUUGGCAGCACGGUCGGACGUGCGUGAGUUAAUCUUAAACACUAUACGUUACCGCAGAGGCGAUGACGCUUAUACGCAACCAUAUGGAGGUAUCGCUACGUUUCCUUCGACCACUGAGGACUACAAAAUCGGGACACCAAUGGGGACAGCGGCCAUGAUAUUAAAAGUGGUGCGUCAGGCACAGUCGCUGGAAGUGUUCGAGUUCAAACAAGAGGUUAUUCAUGCGGACGUAGCAAUUGAGCUGGGCAGAGAGCUGGCGAAGAAACGUUCUCUUAAAACACUUUCUCUUGGUCCUCGCUGUAGAAACGUUUUGUCGUCGUACGUAUCUACGCUCGAUGCUAUGCAGCCAGCCGAUAAAGUAUGCAACCUUAAAUCUGUGACACUGUGCGGCGAUAUUUACCACGACAGGAGCUGCGAUUCAUUAUUAUCGAAUGCGUCGAUCACCUAUUUAGAUCUCUCCGGAUGCGUGUAUGUAGGUUAUCCAAUGUGCUGUAGUGGAAUGCUUAUCGACCCUUUCCUACAAGAGCUGGCUAACACGCUAUCCCGCAACAGCAGCGUUAAGGUACUCAUUCUGAAAAAUAAAGGGUUCGGCCAGGAAGGGGCUGAGGCACUGGGCCGACUGAUGGUCUCGAACACGACGAUACGCACGUUGGACAUCAGCCGCAAUGCCCUGGGCACGGAUGAGUGCACUGCAUUAGCAGGCGGAUUGCGUAUGGCAAGGGGUCUUCGAGAAGUGAUCAUGAAAGGUUGUCAUAUCACACCUACGGGAGCAAUGGCUAUGUAUGAAGCUCUGCGAGAAAAUCAAUUCAACAUAAGCGUGGUCUUCGGCACAGGCUUUACGUUGACGAAGCGCAUGCUGGAAUUAGACAUGCUCGUCCCUCGAAUCCGUAGGGAAUUUCCUAUGAACUCCGAUGAGAUGUUGGGUGGUAGCAGUCUCCUGAUGCAGCCGCAGCAUUUCAAGGAAAUAACCCUGGAAUGGAACAACGGCAAUUAUUUCCCACUGGACAAAUUAUGUACUUUUCUUCAACAAGACGGGGUGCUGGUUGAGUCAAUGUCCCUCGAUUUAUCGAAUCUGUCUCGCGACUUAGUGCAGCAGCUGGCUGGAUGUCUUCAGCGCAGAAAAGGCAUUCAGGCUCUCUCGGUAAACAAUUACGGAGAAACAGACGAAUGAGUGCUGGAAAUGGUACAGCUACUAGCACAGGGUUUGCAGAAGAACACUUCGCUCUCUGCAUUUGAGGUUCGCAUCCAAGUCAGCGACGUAAUUCACCUGUUUGCGGACGUAAUAAGUAAAAACAAGGCCUUGCAAUCUAUACACAUAGGGCGUCCUCUAAAGUCCAGCGCGGUGCACGAGCUGGAGCAACGCAUGAUGCGCAACUAUGCUAUAACGAAAUUUCAACUUCAUAUUCUUAAUGAUAGAGUGGGCAUGGAGACCCUGACUGAACGGAACCGAGUCUUGCAAGAUCGAUCCCUGCAUUUCAUGUCUCAGGAUACCGUCGUCAAGAAGCGCUGGGUGGAGGCCUUUGAACUGACACAUGACACGGGGACGUUCAGGAGAGCCAUCCUGUCCAAGUUAAAGAUAUCCGAAGAACAGGCGCAUUCACUGAUCGUCAGCAAGCAACGCUACAUUCGCGACCACUACUUCGAAAUCACCGCAGUCAGCAAGGACAGGAUUGUGUGCAAUGCAUCGUCCACGGGUGCUGCUCAGAUGGACAGCCUCAGCGCAGAAUGCCUCUCUCAUAUAGCUGGCUAUCUAAGUGUCAGCGAUGUUGUGUGACCCGCUCUGUGUGUAUGAGUGAAACUGGACGGGACGCUGCUGUUACGAUGUCCGCGAUGUAUGAGCGCGAUAUGGGUUUCUCUUUCAUCUUGUUCCGCUUCACACCCCUAGCAAGACGCCUUUCUGUGACUCAAGCCGACGCAAUGUUGCAAAACUGCUUUGCAAGCCUGUGUUUAUUCGUCUCUACAACGAAACUUGUAGCUCAUAAUUGCUCGUGUGAACAGUGUAUACACAGAGAUACAUACAGGGUACAGCUUGGGACAAAAGUUUGCGUAUUUCUUCAUUGGAGCGGCCCCCUGGUAGAAGCAGGAAGAGCUCUACGAGACUAUUUGUCCCACCAGCUGCGUUUACAUGGACACGAACGUCGACUCAAGUCCCUAGUCGACCGUCCACGGUUUCCAUGGCAACUACAUAAGGCACCUUAGCGCUCCCGAAAUUCACUCGACCUUACGCAGCAGCGCCACCACGUCGUUAAAAUGUUAUCUCGGAAAUAAAUAUAUUUUAUUUUCGCAGUAUA